UGUUCAACUUCAACUUGGCAUUUGUGUAGAUAUUUCUGCGUAAUACUUGUGAUAGUAACAUUUUGAUUAUAGAAAACAAAGGGGAAUCACGUUCAACGCAUCAAAACGGAAUAAAUGCAGCUGGAAAAGCAACAUUCGAAAUAUGAGUCGAAAGGGAACAAAAGAUCAAAAUGAUAUAUCGCUAAUCAUUGGGACUCUACCGAAACGGCUACAGAACAAGUUCGCUGCAAGCUGUAGUAACAACAGCCACGCAGCAGAGGAUGCUGAAAAUACGGAACCUACGCCACCAGCCAGUACAAGGCCAGUCAAAAUUCUGAGCAAGCCGAGGGAAAAUGCUGGAAAUACGACAGGAAUAUCCGCACCCGUUUUGGAUACCAGCGGGUGCAGCAGCUUGGAGAACAGGUCGACCGAAGUGGGCAUACCUGGCAUACUGCGGGUAAAUGCCAGUCCAGCAAUAACCACAGCUGCAUCGAGCGCUGACAGCGUGCGUACUGUGCAUAGAACACGUAGACGCAACCGUACGCGUUCGGCACGGAUGCAUGAACAAACCCCGUUGUCGCCACUGUCACGCGUACGUCUCACCACCGACCAUCCGGCGUGGUUUGAGCAGCUACUGAAUAUGGAUAACGUCAAGAUUAUUGUGCAAUUGUACGAUCAGCUAAUGGUGUUGCAGCAACGAAAUUUAAUUCUUAUCAACUGGAAGAACUUUUGCAGCUUGCAUGGACAGUUACAAGAGGCGUUUUGCUGUUUAUUGCUGGAACAGUUGAAAUUCGUGUGUGAACACAAAGUGGACGCAUUUUUUUGGAAGCUUCUCUUUUACAAUGUGCGGGAGUAUUUAAAGCGACAGCAAACGAAUGUGGCCCAAAGGCACAUGCUACUGCUCAUCGAGCAGUCUAUAAAGUUUUACCGAGCGCUCUUUGACAAGCUCAUGGCCAAGUACAUCUCCGCGCGCUGUGAAAGCGCAGUAAAGGUGGUCGCUCAACGUUUGCUCAUCUGCUUGGGCGACUUGUCACGCUAUCGCGCGAACCACUUGCAAUUAACGGACUUUACAGAGGCCUGCAAAUACUACCAGCGGGCUCAGGAGCUUGUGCCUGGCAAUGGAGCGCCCUAUAACCAAUUGGCCAUUGUUGCUAUUUAUAGUCACAAGCGCUUCGAUGCUGUGUAUUAUUAUAUGCGCAGCCUAUUAACAUCCAAUGCUAUACAAUCGGCCAAAGAGAGUCUACUUGAUUUGUUUGAUGAAAUCCGCCGCAAAUAUGAGGAAACCGAAAUGAAGCAAUCUCCCAUGCAUUGUGCCGCUAGCAAGCCCAAAAAAUCAAAGCAAAUGCGCAGGGAAGUUUGGAUUUAUCCAGAUGGCAUAAGGCGUUUGCAUCGAACCGAUGUCAAAGCCAAGGCGAAGAACAGGCCAACUAUAACCGAAGUAAAUCGCUACGAUGAAAUGUCAGCAGAGGAUUUGCUACCACGCGUUGUCUCGCUGUACCUGUAUCUAGUGGGCAAACUUUUUACGGCCACUGACAUUGAGUGUAUGUACCAGCAGCUGGGAAAGCUGCAGGUUCAACUCGGUGCGGCUCUCAAGUAUGAAAAUCUCGUGUCGCGCACCAAACUUUUGAAAAUGGUGGCACUAAAUGUAUUUGUAUUGGAGCAUAACAAGCUAAAAGCUAAUCGUCGUGAAAUGCGUUAUCAUAGCUUCAACUUUGCCAACGCAUUGUUUGGUCUAAUGCUGAGCAGGGCUAAUGAACAACUUGCAGGUCUCACGGAGGAGUCUGCCGAUCUGCAAUGCUUCACAGAUGAAGAAUUAACACGGAUCAACACUUAUCUGCAGUUUGUGAAGAUCUACACCCAUUGGCUGACCAUCAAUGUGAACCUUUGGGAGCCUGUGCGCACUGAAGAUCACUCAUUCAUUGACUGCUGGGCGGAGCUGCAAAUUCUUUUUGAUCACCUUGAAAUCAUAUACAACAAACUGGAUACAGAUACAGACAUUAGAUUUACCAAUGUCGCGUUGGAUGAGGACGUUGUGCUUAGCGGUUUUGAGCCAUUGGGUCGUGAUGUGGUUAGCAGAGAAUGCUGCCAUCGUAGUUCCGAGCGUGUGCAGUUUGUGGAACGCAUACGACAAAUAUUGCUAUUCCAGGAGAUUUACAUACAACAUCAGGAAGCAUUGCAGCUGCCGCUAAAUGCGAGCUUCACAAUCGAGGAUUUAAACACCGCUAUGCAAGUGGCACUUAAUGACUUUAAUGUGGAAAGCUGCGUUGUAUCCACGUCUGCUGAGAGUUGCACAUCCGAGCCAAGUUUAGAAGAAGUGGACGCACAGUGCUCGACGAUUGCCAAUGCGGAUGUGUCGCAACUGUGCAAACUGAAAAAACAACUCGAGGCAAAAGCCAAAGUCAAACAGAUUUGCAGUAGCAAGUUGGAGGAAAUUCUGAAAUUAGUUGAUUCCAAAUUGUACAUUGAGGUGCGUCCGCGUUACCUUUUGCCUGACACCAAUUGCUUUAUCGAUUGUCUGGAGGAUAUUGAAAAACUAUCAAUGGAAUUUAAGCGCUAUACUAUUAUUAUACCGCUGACGGUGGUAAAAGAGCUUGACGGACUAUCUAAGGGUGUCAAGUUGGAUUCGUAUCGCAGCUCUAAGCAGACGCAACGCAUUCAUCAUUUCGAUGAAGUAUCAUCGCGGGCCAAAAAGUCUCUGGAGUUCAUUAGAUCUGCCAAAAAUAAUGUUAAAUGCGCUACAACAAAAGGCUCUGUUAUUAAUGCUUCGUUGUUUGCACUCGUUGAGGAGGAGUACGCCUCCAACGAUGACAAGAUUCUGGCAACGGCUGUUGCUGUUUCCAAGAACACCAGCUCUGAACAAUGCAGAGAUGGGAAGUGCUUUAUUCAAACGGAACUGGUGCUCAUCACCACCGAUCGGAAUCUGCGCGUAAAGGCAUUGGCGCGCAAUCUGGCAGUUAGCGCCUUGGAUGAGUUUUUGCAAUGGGCGAAGGACUGUCGUGAAUCAACCUGAGCGCCAACAUUGAGGGAAAAUUGCGAUACCGUGCUGACAAUUGUAUCAGGUUCAUCCACCUGCGCAUGCAUGCUGUGAAGAGAGAGCUUGUACUUUCAAUAUUACCAUCAUUAGACAUAUUUGACUAUGUAUGUUGCGGCCAACAGUCGUAGCACACGUAAACAUGGGACGUGGCUCUGCGCUUGAAGUUGGAGCAUAGUUAUGUGCUGGUUUUGUUCGCGUGAGGCUAUUGCCAAAUCGAUUCGGCUUGAAAUAUUUGGCCAACCGACAUAUCAACAUUUGCUUUCCAAAUUUUUACAUACAUUUGUGAUUUGCGUUAAAACAAUAAAAUAAAAAUUGAAGGGUUGU